ACAUAAACAUUAGCAUUAAUACCUAUUUGCAUAAUUAUUAUACGUACACAUAUCUGAUAUAUGACGAUAUAGUAUGUACAAAUAUACACGCACACAGAUAUGAAUAACGUUGUGAUCAAUAUUCUGCUGAUAACGUUUUUUAUUUUGAACAAGAAAGGAAAUUAAUACUACUUAUACAUAUCAAAUCCCGUGAAGGCAAACGAGAAGAUGUCGUCUUCAAACUCACCUUGUGCAGCGUGCAAGUUUUUACGCCGAAAAUGCACUCAAGAAUGUGUAUUUGCACCAUACUUCCCACCAGACCAGCCUCAAAAAUUUGCGAAUGUACACAAAGUAUUUGGGGCAAGCAACGUGGCAAAAAUCCUAAACGAAAUCAACACGGCUCAACGAGAAGACGCGGUAAACUCUUUAGCCUAUGAAGCCGAGGCAAGGCUGAAGGAUCCGGUUUAUGGAUGUGUAGGACUAAUCUCUCUCCUUCAACAUAAGUUAAAGCAAGUACAAAGUGAUUUACAUAAUGCCAAAUUAGAAUUGGCUAAUUACAUUGGUCCUUCAGCAAUGUUGCCUCUAUUAAAUCCUGCAGGGUUAAUUAUCCCCCAAAUCCAAAAUAUUAAUAUCCCAUCAUCAUCAAUGCAAGUUUUGCCUAAUUAUAAUAUGCAACCUAUUUUGGGCAUCCCUUCUCAAAACCACCCACAAAUAAUUGAGACUACUCAACAACAUCAACAAUUAGUAGCCGUUGCGAAUUCUAGAGAACAACAAGAAAUGCUGAUUAGAAACUUUGAGCAACAACAACAGCAGCCGCAUCCUAGUGAUUUGGUACGGUUUAGUGGCUCCUUUGAUCCGGCCGGUGGAGGAUCUGGACAAGUGGAUAAUGGUGGUGCAUUUGUUAGCCCUAUGACCGAUCCGGCUUCAGUGUCCCCGUCUCUAGAGUUAGGUAGUACUUUUCAUGUUAAUAAUAAUAUGUAUCAGAUGCAGCCUCAAGAACAGCCACAUCAGCUUUUGCUUCAGCAAGAAACUCAGCAGCCGUUGACGGUGUUGAGAGCUGCCGGCAACGAAGAAGAUAGGAGUGUUGCUCCUUGAUCAUGCUGCCAUAUAUCUUCGUGUCGAUUUUGAUCAGCUAUUAAUUCUUCAUUAUAUAUAUAUAAAGUUUUCAUUCCUGGUAACAUACCCUUUUUUUCCCUAGAUCUUUACAUAAUUAUUUUAUUUAAUCUUUUUAU